UCAUUAUCUUCAAUCCUCUCCUGUGGAGGAUGAGUCGGGACAUCUUGUGCGCUCAUGAGCCAAUGCAGACCCGUUCUAACCGCAGUCACGACUCACCUCGGCUCCCGCCCCCCGCUCGCUUUCUUUUCUCGACCUAUUCAAUUGCAAAGUUGUUUACCUGUGAUGCCGGCCGGUUUAUACGCGAGUUUGCGUUCUGCCUGACUUUGCAUUCCGAGUCCAUCAAAUAGAACCAGAUUCACUCCAUUUUCACGCUCUUUCAAUCAGUGAUGUCUAUCGUCUGGUUGCCAUAAUCUCCUUUGCGAACUCAUUCUACAGAGGGCGUUCAAGGAUUCCCCUUCACGGCAUCUCCGCUAAAAAGGCACCGGAACUCGCUAGAGAAGAAGAAGAACCGGGAGAUUUGUGUGCUCUCCGAGGUCCACUUAUCAGCGGACAGUGCUCCAGAUUGAGAUCAGACUCUCCGCGGCACGCACGGCUCCGA